CCUGUUUGUCCCUAGCCUUUUUGCCGUUGUCAUUGGCCUCCAGGUCAAAAGAAGCCUGGAUUUCCUCACAAUUUGCGCAGUCGACAACUCGACAAAGCAAUCAACAGAACUAAUCAUGAAGUGCUCUACCCUGCUUGCGGCUGCUUUGGUGGCCAUCUCUUCCCCCUUGGCUCGCGGUGAAUGCGGUGAUCGGGUGAAGACCGUUGGGUACGGAUCUCAUGCCACACAAGCAUUGGAUAAGACAGAUAGUGACGGAGGUUUCACUGCUCCCAAUUCAGGUGACUUUUUGUGCAAGGUAACCUGCGAUGCAGGAAGUAACAUCAAUGUGUACGUCAAGUACAGCACUUCUGGAACUGCCAGUUCCUCCAAUUAUGAUGCCAAGCUCGAAGGUGGUAGCUGCGGAGACGAAAUUUCGUCACAAAACUACAAUGGCGAGCAAGGCAUCAAGAUCCGAACACAGGCCGAUGCGGGGUACCAGAAUCUAGUGCUCACGUGCGAUUGCCGCAAUGUUGCUGGGGGAGGUGGCUGUUUCAGUGGAGACACCACAGUUUCAGUCGAGGGACGGGGAAUCACCUCCAUGAAAGACCUGCAAGUUGGAGAUAAAGUGCUGACAAACCAUCAGUACGAGCCUGUCUACAGCUUUGGCCACUACCAUGAAAAUCUUGUGGCAGACUUUGUGGAGCUUACCACAGAAAAGGAAUCAUACAUCACAUUGACUGGCAAUCAUUUGCUCUACGCUAAUGGAAACACAAACCCUAUUCGAGCUGACCGUGUCCAAGUGGGUGACCAGUUGUCCACCGGAACCGUCAAGAAGGUUGCCACUGUCACCAAACAGGGACUCUACAUGCCUCUGACGCCGUCAGGGAAAAUUGAAGUCAACAAUGUUGAAGCGUCCGCUUACAUUUCCAUGGCUGAUUACGCUCCCAUUCAGAAUCACCCACUCCUAAGCUUUUGGCUGUCGGAAAACUUUCUCGUGCACCUUUGGUUGGCUCCUUAUCGUGUCUACUGCAUGGGCGUCAGCUCCAACCACUGCCCAAAUCAUGUCAAGAAUGUGGAUGGUGAUUCAGGAAUCAUGGGAUACCUGCUUGCUGGGAAGCAGAUUGCCGAAUUUGCCUUGGAACAUAAUCUCUUGGUGCAACUGUUGAUUGGCGUGCCCAUCUUUGUCUCUCUCUUGGCCUUUCAUGCGGUUGAAACUGUAUCAGGCGGCCCAGCUGUGGCUCCUCUGGCGGUCCUCUUUGCUUUGGGUUUGUACAUGAAGCUCCGCCGCCAAAAGCAAAAAGCCAUCUAAUCAGCUGGCGGGAGAGAAAUGCACCUUGAAAGCAAUUGCAGUACGGUAGUCCAUGUAACUUUUUUUGUGUUAAUAAACUAGCUAGCCAUUAGUGCACUAGUCAAAA